ACCGGGUAGCGGGGACCUGGGGCGGCCCGGGAAUGCUCUCCGGGCGGGUUCUCCCGGAGGCGGGUUCCUGAGAGGCGGCGGCCCCCACAGCACAACCACCUCGGGCACCAGCAGCGCCCGGCGACCCGCGCGGUUGCCAAGGAAACAGCAGGCGAGCGGCGCAGGCGGGCGGCGCAGGCGCGGGGCGCGUAGGGCGGGGCGGGGAGCGCGCCUGGCCGGAGCUGACCGCACUGCGCAAGCGUAGCGUCUCCGUUGCUAGGUUCCGCCUGGCGUCGGGCUCCGUAGGGUUCCCGAGCCUCGCGGUGGACAGGAGAACGCUGGAAUCCCGCUCUCUGUGCCCGAGGGUCCCCGUGGCUAUCACCUUUCCCUCCCCGAAGUAAAAGGAGAUCCCCAGCCCCAGACCCUCCCUCCAGAAGGACCUCCCUCUGACAAAAGAGCUUCGUGGCUGGCGAGGGAAAGAGGGAAAGGAGCCAGCCAUGUCGAACACAAUGUAUAAUAAGAUGUGGCAUCAGACCCAAGAAGCCCUCAAUUCUUUGCUUGAUAAAGAAUCUCAGAAGAUGAUGGAACCACAUCAAAAUCAGGUUUUCAUCUUCCAAAUGUUAGCCACCUUCUACAUAAAAUACGUGCAGAUCUUUAGGAACCUGGAGAAUGUCUAUAACCAGAUCGUCCACCCGCAGAAGCGAAUACUGAUCCGAAAAAUCCUGGACGGGGUGAUGGGGCGCAUCCUGGAGCUGAAGAACGAGAUGGUGGAGCUGGAAUUAACGGAGUUUCACUAUUUUGAUGAUCUCUUACAGGACCUAAAGCUGGCUCCCCAACAAUUGGAUAUCCCCAUACCCAAGUAUUUUUUGAAGGAAAAGCUGGAAGUAAUAAAAGAAAGAGAGAAAAUCCUUGCUCAGAUAUUAGCCAACACUGGGUUCGAUGCAACUGACAAGAAAUACCCCGUAAGAGCCAUCCCAUUGGAAGAGGCUAUUAAAGUAAUCCAGGUGGCCGAGAGGGCCCGGCAAGGGCGCCUGAGAGCCAUGUUCAUGAAGCAGAUCUUCCUUCAGGAAUACAGAGCCAGGCAGGCCAAGAUCCUUGGCGAGAAGAUAGCAGACACGGGGGCCGCCGCGCUGCGCAUCCAGAAGGUUUGGCGAGGUUUCCAACAAUCUAAGAAAGCCAAGCGAGAGAGAGAAGAGGAGAUGAUAUUCCUGGGUAUGAAUCCACCUCCUUUGUUUAAUGAAGUCAGUGCUACCAUGAUCGAGGCUGAAAAGGUGACCUACAUGCGGGAUAAGGUGCAGAUGAAGCAUGAAGAGGACUACAGAGGUGCCCUGGUUACAAUCAAGGAUGACCUGAAACUAACAGAAGGUCCAGACAUCAAGGAGAACCUUCAGGAUCAGAUCCGGCGCUGGUUCAUCGAAUGCAGGAACUUAACAGGCACAUUUCCUGACUACCCCAGAGAAGAAGAAGGAGGUUCAGCUAUUAUUUUUUCCAACAAGACCCCACAACAGGUCUCCCCAGACAUCAUCUCAAAUGUUGAGGAUGUAGAGAAGAGAGAGCACAAGCAAAAGAAAUCCACAAAGGAGCCAAGAAGCAAAAAAAAAAAAAAAAGAAAAGCCCAAGACAAAAAUAAAGAAGAAGACGAGGGGUGGAAAAUGUCGCCGAGCGUUUUCCUUCAUACGAUGGAGGAAGGAAGUAAUGUUUACAAAGAUGUGUGGAAGAAUAAAGAUGAAUCGUGGAAUUUCUACCAGGACUAUGAUCCCGAAAUGAUCAAAGAGGAGAAACGGAAGGAACUGGAGUCAGAGAUCAGAGUGCAGGUUGACGAGUUGAUGAGACAGGAACUGAAAAACUUAAAACUAGCUGUGGACAGAGAGAAGGAAUUACCGGUCAAAACAGGAAGGAAGAGAGGAGGUAAAAAGAAAAAUAAAAGGAAGAAAGGCAAGAAAGGGAAAAUGGGGAAGAAGGAUAAGGACCUGACGGCUGACAGGACCAUUGAAUCUCUGUAUAAGGAGCUCGUGGAAGAGGGGUUACUGAUCCAGGCUCUGAAAGUCAACCUCUCUGACUACAUCGGCGAGUACAGCUACCUGGGGACGACUCUCCGCCAGGUGUCCAUAGAGCCCAUGCCUUCCCUCCUGGACGUCAGACAGCUCGUCACCCUCUACGGGGUCCUGCCUCUAGGUUCUGCAGCGGUGCACAGGAAAGCUCCUUUGGUGAAGUCCCUGCUCUUGGCCGGGCCGUCUGGGGUGGGGAAGAAAAUGCUGGUCCACGCCAUCUGUACCGAAACGGGAGCCAACCUCUUCAACUUGUCCGCAACUAACAUUGCCGGGAAAUACCCCGGCAACAGCGGCCUCCAGAUGAUGCUGCAUGUCGUCUUCAAGGUGGCCCGCCAGCUCCAGCCCUCCGUGGUGUGGAUCGGAGACGCGGAGAAAACCUUCUACAAAAAAGUCCCCAACUCGGAAAGGGAGAUGGAACCUAAACGCCUGAAAAAACAGCUUCCCAAAAUCCUGAAGCUCCUGAAACCAGACGAUAGAAUUCUGAUCGUGGGGACAACACAGCGACCUUUCGAUGCUGAACUUCAGCCAUUUUGCAGAGUUUACCAAAAAAUUAUUUUGGUUCCCAGACCGGACUACGCUUCCAGAUUCGUUUUGUGGAAGCAGAUCAUUCAGCGCAACAAAGGAGUCAUCACUGAUGCCCUGAGUGUAAGUUGCCUAGCAAAGAUCUCCGACGGCUUCACCCAGGGGCACAUCGUCCAGGUGGUGAAGGAGGUGCUCACGGAGCGUAGAAUCCGGCAGCAGGCUCGUAAGCCGCUCACCGCCGUGGAGUUCAUCACCGCGCUCACCAGCAUGAGCCCCGUCUACCAAGAGGAAGAAGAGAGCUUUAAGGUCUGGUACGCCAAAACCCCGAUGGGGAGGAAGCGAGCCCUGGCAUUAACGGGAGGUAACGCAGAGAAUGAAAAGGACAAAGGGAAAAAGAAAGGAAACAAAAGGGAAACGGAGAAAAAGAAAAAGUAGUGCCUUCCUGAGGGGCCGAGCUUGAGUCUCACUCAGGGGUGGAGGCGGCCCCGACUCUCCCACACGGAGGUUCACCGUCGCCUGUGCGAAGACGGCCGCGCCCAGGCCCCAAGCCCGUCAGCCCUGCCCUGGCUCAGCGAGACCCCUCCAGACUGUCCACCAAGUUGCUUGUCCACAGCAACUGUUUCUAGAGCUCGUAACUGUUUCUCAGUCUAUGUAAAGUUUGUGUAUAACCAAGUCCACUCUACACACACUCCCCAGCCUUUCCAAGCUGGACACUUCGUCUCAUCAGGACUAGUUGCCAAAUUAAAUUUUGAUGGCUAAGAAAUACUCUCAUCUGACAACGAGUAAGUUCAGGCCACCACCGGCACUACUUGCUUUUUACUGAACCAUACAUGCUGCACGUUCUCUUGCGUGUGUUUUAAUAAAUUAAUUCUUUGUGCUGUUAAUAUGUGAUACAGAAUGGAAUAAAGGCUGCUUUUCUUGAACUGACUCAGUAAUGUGUUUGCUGGAACUAAAAAAGAUCUUAAAAUUUAACUCUGAAUUUUCUAAGUUUGAAGAUGGGGACAUAAGGCCCAGGGGCACACAGCUAAUCUUUGGAACAUUGGAACUGAAAUCAUUGCCUCCUAGUUCCCAGUUCACUGCUCUUGAAAAGCACUGGGACGUUGGCAGACCAAUGGCUGGAUGAAAACCACAACAUAGAAAUGGGCUAGAAAUAGGAGACGGGAAACCCUAAAUAAAGAAAUAAGAAAAAGAUGAAAGAGUAGAAAGGUAAGUUUCAAAAGACUGGAUUUUGCAAGAAUAUGGAAGUUUAUUUGGUGGAAGAUAGUGGGUAACCCAGUUCUAAAUUGUGCUGAGAACGUAAUCAAAGGAUGGAGACAAACUGAAGUGGGGCACGUUGAGUUAAAUUUAAUGCAGAUGAACUCUUGGACAGGGUUUGACUACACCACAGAGCUGCGCAGUCUUGGGCUCUGGACCAAACUGGAUCUCUAGGCAUUCCUGGAAUUUGAUCUUUAAUGCCCCAAACGACCAGUGGUUCCCAGCUGUCUUCUGGCCACCAGCACAGGCCCCCCAGCCUGGGUCUGUACAGAAGAGGGACACAGGUCAGAACAGGAAGAGACCCUGUGCUCUGGGUAUGUUACACACACACUAGAAACCACCCUUCCUCUUGAACAAACUCCACUUCCCAAGUGCGCUGCCAAGCAUUCGCCUUCGCGCACCAAAGGCACCCCAGGGUGAGCGGGCUGCCGGCCUGCCCUCCCCUGACCCACUCCAGACUGCCUGGCCGAGGCUCAGAGCGGCCUGAGAGGGGGACAGACUCCCUGGCCUCCGCGCAGGCAGCGCUUAAACGCGCGUCCCCCUCCCCCCGCGUGGCCCACUGAGCCCCUUCGU